CAAAGUCUCUCUCGACUUGAAGUCCUCGUCGCCGUCGUCGUCGUUCUCCGAUUAAGACAAGUUUACAAACUCUUGUUACAUCUUAUCUACAGUUCUGCAACUUUCCAUGACGUCAGAGGGAUUUCUCACACCUCAGACUCAGACUCUCAGUACAGGAUCGGGAUGAUCCAAGGGAUCAUGACAGUUCAUCUGUCCUCGAUUCUGGCGUGAGAGCUCCUCUGAUUCUUCAACCGUGCCAUAAUCCCCCAGUGUUUUUCUCCUCGAAGGAAUCGGUGGCCAUUCCCCCGUUGAUACCACCAUGACCUCGACUACGUCGGCUGCCCCGCCCCUGAGCGAGUCCUCUCUCUGGAGUUGUAUCGCCGUAUCGUGCGGUCUGGCCUUGUCCUACGUGCUGUCGUUGUAUAUUUGGGGUCGGAACAACGGCCAUGAUCGGGAUCACCCGUCUACCAUUAAACGUCGAUUUGUGUCGGCCUUCUGCAUGCUCUUUAUCUCCCCCAUUUUUGUGCACUUUUUCGGCUCUCGGACUUUAUUAGCCCAACAUGAAUUCAGCCAGAUCAUCGGCUUCCGUUGGGCGGGUUUAUUCAACGCUUGUGUGCUUCCACUCAUUCUGACUUGGAUCCUCUUCUUGGGUCCAAUUGGACUCAUGAUUUUGGCCGAUACUCGGGCUCGACUCCUACUCAUUCCCCAAUAUUGGUGGCAAUCCUUGCAGGACCUCAUUUGGUGGCGAAACCACGUGGUGGCUCCUUUUACCGAGGAGUACACGUUCCGCGCUUGUAUGUUGCCCAUCCUACUCAGCCAAUACAGUGCGCCCAAGGCCGUUAUGGUGGCACCUCUGUUCUUUGGCAUCGCUCAUUUGCACCAUAUGAUUGAGCGCAUUCGCAAAGGCCAACCCGUCAAGACGGCUCUGCUGAUUUCCGUGUUCCAGAUUCAUUACACCACCGUAUUUGGCAUGUAUUCGGCUUUCCUGUUUGUGCGCACCGGACACAUCGCCGCCCCUGUGAUCGUUCACAGUUUUUGCAACUUUAUGGGAUUCCCGGAUUUCGGGGAGAUGCUUAAUCGUCCAUCCAGGGAGAGAAUCAUUCUGUUAACUUUAUGCGUGCUUGGGGUCGUCGGCUUCUACUUAGGUUUAUACACCUUUACGGAUCCCAAGCUGUUUGAAAAUGACAUCUAUACUUGGUGAAAGAGCCCAUGUUCUCACUCGUUCAAAUCAGGUUUACCUCGUUAGAUCCCAGCUCCACCACCGCAAGUCAAUAAGUUUUGGGAUUGUCCUGAAGAUUUCGCAAUAAAUAUGGUUUCACUCUGA